AUGUGGACGAGGCGCAGUCUGCUGAGAGCUGCGGUGAAUGAGCGGCUGGCUGCGGCUGCAGAAGAGAUCUUUGUGCUGCUGGAGAGAACUAUAGCGGAGUAUGAGGAGGAAGUGUGUCGCUCCAAAGAGGAGAACCAGAGGAACCAGCAGCUGCUGGAGGCUCUGCGGCCCAGAGUCUCUGUGGAGCAGGGCUCCAGUGGAUCAGACCCAGAGACCAGAGUGAGGCAGGAAACACCAGAGAUCAAAGAGAUUAAAGAGGAACCAUCAGAACACAGACUGAAACAGGAGGAAGAGGAGGCAGAGGAGAGGCUGAAACAGGAGGAAGAGGAGGCAGAGGAGAGGCUGAAACAGGAGGAAGAGAAGCUCCCAGACUUCACUGCUGUGUGUGUGAAGAGUGAAGAGCAGUCCUCACUGAUUGAAGAAGACAGAGAGGAAGCACAGGGACAGCUCUGUGGAGGAGCAGACAUCAGCUCACAGACACAUUUACACUCAGAGACAGAAGAACAGAGACACCACUCUUACACUGACCAUGAUGAAGACCAUGAUGAAGACCAUGAUGAAGACUAUGAUGAAGACUGGGGACAUCCAGGCAGCAGUUCUACUGCACAGAUGCAGACAGAGGCUGAGGGAGACCUCUACAACCAAGUCCACACACAGGGACUGUCAGGGACCGGACCCAGAGACCUGCUGUCAGGGACCGGACUGUCAGGGACCGGACUGUCAGGGACCGGACUGUCAGGGACCGGACUGUCAGGGACCGGACUGUCAGGGACCGGACUGUCAGGGACCGGACUGUCAGGGACCGGACUGUCAGGGACCGGACCCAGAGACCUGCUGUCAGGGAUCGGAUCCAGAGACCUGCUGUCAGGGACUGGAUCCAGAGACCUGCUGUCAGGGAUCGGAUCCAGAGACCUGCUGUCAGACUUCUACAACCAAGUCCACACACAGGACUCUAGUGCAGCUGUGUUCAGCAAAUACAGGUGUGGAGCAGAGAAAGAGAGACCUUACAGCUGUCCAUUUUGUAAUAAGUCUUUUACCUACAAGAAACAUUACAGUUCACAUCUGAGAAUUCACACAGGAAAGAGACCUUACAGCUGUUCAGUGUGUAAGAAGAGAUUUAAGAGUGAGAAUAACUUGGUGCAGCACAUAAAAGUUCACACCGGCGAAACUUCUGAAAAUGGCAGCGUGAGCAAGGAAAAGUACAUCUCACCGCGACGAAACGCACACGAUGCAGCGUUUAAGCUGCAGGCGAUCGAACUGGCCGACAAAGAAGGAAACCGAGCUGCUGCACGGAAGCUCGGCAUCCAUGAGUCCAUGGUCAGACGCUGGAAGGGUCAGCGCGAUGAACUGACGCUCUGUAAAAAGACCACCAAAGCUUUCCGAGGACAGAAGAGUCGAUGGCCUGAGCUGGAGAACAUUCUGGAAGACUGGGUGACCACACAGAGAGCCGACAGCCGCGGCGUCUCCACCAUGCAGAUCCGCCUCAAAGCACAAACCAUCGCCACCGAAAAGAACAUCACAGACUUCAGAGGUGGACCGUCCUGGUGUUUGAGGUUCAUGAGACGCAAAGGGCUGUCCAUCAGGGAGCGGCCGGCUCUGUGCCAGCGCCUUCCUCUGGAAUACGAGGAGAAACUCACACACUUCCGCUGCUUCACUCAAACGACCAUCGCAGAGAAUUCCUUUGGAGCGGACGACAUCAUCAACAUGGAUGAAGUACCUUUGACCUUCGACAUGCCUCUGACCCGGAGGGUGAACAAGAAAGGAGAGUCCUCCAUCACGCUGAAGACCACGGGUCACGCCAGAACCCACUUCACCUGCGUCCUGAGCUGCACUGCCUCCGGACACAAACUUCCCCCGAUGGUGAUCUUUAAGCGGAGGCCUGUGCCAGAAGAACAACUUCCCCAAGGAAUCGUGGUGAGGGUGAACCAGAGAGGCUGGAUGGAAGAAAGCCUCAUGAGGGACUGGAUGGUGGAGUGCUUCAGCCAGAGGCCGGGGGGGGUCGUACACAGAAGAGCUCUGCUGGUGAUGGACAGCAUGAGAGCUCAUGUGACGGAGUCUGUGAGGGCAGAGAUCCAGAAGAACAACUGUCUUCCAGCGGUGAUCCCUGCGGACACAACCAAACAUCUGCAGCCGCUGGACGUGAGCGUGAAGCGGGCCUUUAAAGUGUCUCUGCGAGCCCAGUGGGAGACCUGGAUGACCAGCGGCGAUAAGUCCUUCACAAAGACCGGCCACAUGAGGAGAGCCUCGUUGGCCCAGGUCUGUCAGUGGGUCCUGACGGCCUGGACCAGUGUGAGAGGCUCCACCAUCACCAGCGGCUUCCGUCAGGCUGGACUGCUGUGUGACGAAGAGGAGGACGAAGAGGACGCCAGUGACAGUGAGAGCGAGGACGAAACAGACACUGAGAAAGUGUGCGACGAGGUCCUGCUCGGGCUGUUCAACUCCGACACAGAGGACGACGACUUCAGCGGCUUUAGUGCGGAAGAGGAAGAGGAGGAAGACGAGUGGCUCCUGUGA